AUGAUCAGCAAGAAUGAGUGCUUCGAGCUCAUCGUUAAUGGCACUGUCGUCAAGCCGGAUGCCGAUAUCAGUGGACCUGGAGUACUCAUUGCCUUCGUCUUCAGUGCUGGCGCGACCCUUCUAGCCACCCUUAUCGCGUACGCCUUUGGGUUAGUGGAUGAUGGCCUACUACGUCCAGUUGACCGAUUAGUGCUACGAGCACCAUCUCGAGCUUCGAAGCACCUCCAACUCCAUGUCGCGCUUCGUAAGGCUGUCCUCGCCCUCAGCGACCAGCAGAUCGUGACUGGUAUUGCUAUCCUGGGAGCUGGAUUCAAUGGACUUCGAUCUGGAACCAUAUCCGUCUAUCACUUUCAGACAGUCAUAUACUUGGCCUGGAUGUCGAGCAGCGUGCAUCUGUCUGCGUUGACGCUACUACGGCCAUACUUACACUCUCACAAAGGUGUCAUGUGGUGGAGAGUGGCCGGCAUGUUGACACUACUUGUCAUGCUCCUGGUGGCCUUGGUGCCAACUGUGUCUAACGACUGGAUGAUCUUGUCAAACAACGAUGCUGGUACCUACGGUAGCACGAAGUCUGCUCUGGGAGUGCCUGCGAUAUGCUAUUGGGGCGAGACGUGGGGAGUGGGCAGAAAUCCAGACUCGAUCAUGUCAUUCGUGGUGCUCAUCGUCAGCUACAUCUGGAAGAUGGGUGGCUUGUUCAUGCCCGUGCGAUCAAGAUUGGAGACAUGGUUUCGUAAUCCCUGCGAUCACGUUCUGGAGAGGUUGCUGACUGCCGUGGCACGCAAGCAUGAGCGACACGGCGGCGUUGUUUGGCGCUGGGUAUUCCGAUCUGGCCUUGCUAUUUACUUACCAUUGACUGCGUUCCUUGAGACACUGGGCUCUUUCUCCGCGGCACUCUGGCUUUCCGUGCUGGGCUUCAUUUAUGGCGGGCUGCAGAUCUUGGUUCCUCGUGCUCUGGUACAGCAGCUCGAUUCUAACGUACAAGCGAAUGAAGAUUCAUUCGGCUUUGGCCAGCUGAUGCCACUGAUAUUGCUGGUACAACCGCUUGGUGCUAUCUCCGAGCACUUUGGUCUCAAGAAAGGCACCGAAGAUGAGGCUCUCUACAACGACCGGGGCACCUCCGAUCGGUACACUGCCGCGGUGGCUAGCCUUUCCAGCAGUCCACACGCUAUCGGCAUACCAGAACAGCCUUUCUUACAUUUCAUGGCCUCAUAUCGGGCGGCUCCCAUAAAGGAGCAGACACCUGAGCGUAUGCAACUGAAAGCUCUGCUCUACACAUCGACGCUCUUCCACUUGCUCAUAUGGCUGACACACGCUGGAGUUCUGGGGACUGCUAUCAUAGUCUUCUACGUCGACUAUUUCACAAUCGGAUAUCAGUCUGCGGGCAAUUGGCAAUACAUCGGUUUUGGGGUCGUAGCAUGGCUCGCAUUCACUCCCCUUGUCACUUUGGUGUUAUCGCCCUUCAGCAGACUUGGUCGACGCAUGAAAUGCGGUCUACAUGGAAAUGCGAACGAGGUCCAGAUGCAGGCCAUGGAGGCAUGUCAAAAAGACGAUGCCAGUUCUUGCUCGCCUUUGACGGGAGACCUCGAGCAACGGACAGGCUUUGGGAAAAGAUGGACACCACCAAAUCUGCAAGUCAAUACGCAAACUGGCCAGGUCGAUACAAACAGUCUCACCAUCACACCGACACGACCAGUCAAUGGAAGCAAAGAAGGUGAAGUAUGGGCAUCAGAAUGGAGACGCAGAUCCAUCGCACAGGGUAAUUCUCCUAGAAGUCCCAAAACCGCUUAA